AAGAAAAUGGAACUUUUUGGAAUAUAUCUAAUACUAGCCACUACAGUGGUUGUCCAGGGAUACAGGAAAUAUGGUCUUACUUGUGAGGAUAUAGAGUGUAUAUCGGGUCAAAAGUGCAUUGUAUCCAGAGUUCCCUGCGAAAAUCCAAAUCAGCAACAAGGAGAGCAAUGUGGAACAUAUCCGGAGUGCCAAACAGAUCAGAUGGCCAGCGAUUUCACCAUCGACACCACACAGACCACUGCCAACACCCAAAACAGCAUCAUCAUACCCUUCAGCACCCCCACGAAUCGCAAUCGGAAUAAUAGGGAUAGUGACUUCGAACUGCUGACCGAUUUCAGUAACUCCGAUGCAUUGGCCACGCAUGCAGGGCAACGGCAGGCCAAUGUUCUGGUUAUUGUUCAAGAUGGUUCCCAACAACCUCAACAGCCAAAUCCCUGGCUGAAUCGAGGACAAAGUUCUCCCUGUACCGUCAGUGCCCUCUACCCAUAUUCCUGCAAUUAUCCUGGUUAUCCGAAUUCCGGAGCGGGAUUACCUUCAUAUCCGCAGCAGCGAUCGGCCAAUGUGCCACAGUUAGUUCCUCCCACACCGCCCUGCUACUAUAACUGCUAUCCCAGAGUGCGGUCCAGUCCAUAUGGUCAAUAUGGAUACCCCCUGGCUAGAUCAGCCAAUCCCUCACCAACUAAUAACUAUCUAAUCUACCUCACAUUAGCUGGCUAA